AUGCCAUUCAAGUCGAUCCCUAUCUCGCCCUGGAUCACUACAUCAUUGGAGGAGCCACCAGAGCUGGAGCUUAAGCCCCUCACCUCUCACCUGGAGUAUGCAUUUCUCCGUGAGGGGAAUAAGCUCCUGGUCAUUAUCAGCUCGGAUCUUAUACCCGAGCAGAAGAGCAGACUGGUGGCUCUGCUAAAGAAGUAUGCCUCGGCCAUGGCAUGGAAGAUAAUUGACAUUAGAGGCAUUACUCCAUCCUUUUGCUACCACAGAAUUCUGAUGGAGGAUGAGGUUAAGCUAGUCAGGCAGCCGCAGCGGAGAUUGACUCCUAACUUGGAGGCAGUGGUCCGGGCAGAGAUUGUGAAGUUGAUGGAUGCAGGGAUUAUCUUUGCUAUAUCUGAUAGCAAGUGGGCCAAUCCCACUCAGGUGGUAGAGAAGAUAGGCAGGAUGACUGUGGUCCCGAAUGAGAAGAACGAGUUGAUCCCGAUGUGGACUGCAUUGAUGACCGGCGCAUGA